AUGCUGUCUCCCUCACGGUGUCUCCCCCCACGGUGUCUCCCCCCACGGUGUGCAGUCUCCCCCCUCAGUGCGGUUGUGUUUGUGGAGUUUGUGACUAGAGGGGGCGGGGGGAGGGGGAGGACGUCCGGGGGGGCGUCAGAGGGAGGGGGGCGGGGGGAGGACGUCAGGGGGGAGGGACGCGGGGGGAGGACGUCCGGGGGGGCGUCAGAGGGAGGGGGGCGGGGGGAGGACGUCAGGGGGAGGGACGCGGGGGGAGGGGAGGGGGGGGGGACGCGGGGGGAGGACGUCCGGGGGGGCGUCAGAGGGAGGGGGGCGGGGGGAGGACGUCAGGGGGAGGGACGCGGGGGGAGGGACGCGGGGGGAGGACGUCCGGGGGGGCGUCAGAGGGAGGGGCGCGGGGGGGUCUUCGGUUGA